GCAAGCCACUCUACUAUGAUAAUUGAAAACGAUUUUUUUUUUUUAAAUUUGAUAACCUUAUCGCUUAAUGGUCUACUCGUGUCUCGGUCCUCGCUUUGAUGAAUAAAUUAUAAAACUUGUAACUUAAAAGUAGUAACUACUAACUAGUAAGUACCAAGUUCAGGCUGUUCAGCAGCCCGUAAGGUUAUCAACACAUAAUGUGUGUAAACGAGUCUAUCAUUCUACUAGACAUCGAAGGAACAAUAACGUCAAUUAAUUUUGUCAAGGAAGAACUAUUUCCAUAUGCUGCAGAAGUCCUCGAGGAUUACGUAAAAACCCAUUGGAAUGACGAUGAUUUCAAAGAGGACUUGGAACUUUUAAAGAAACAAGCAGCUAACGACACAAGUCUAGAAGGAUUCAUACCGAUAGCUGAUGAUGGAGAAGAUGCAAAAAAAUCUGUAAUAGAAAAUGUUUUAUGGCAAAUGAAAAACGAUAGGAAAACCACUGCGUUAAAGCAGUUACAAGGUCAUAUUUGGAAGUAUGGUUAUGAUUGUGGAAAUUUAGUCGGACAUAUUUAUUCUGAUGUGCCAUCGGUUUUGAGUAAACUUCUAGACGAAGGUAAAAAAAUAUAUACCUAUUCAUCGGGCAGCACAGACGCUCAAAAAUAUUUAUUUAAGUAUUCAUGUAUGGGAAAUAUUUCUAGUUUGUUUACCAAAUAUUUUGAUACGAAAAUUGGACCAAAACAAAUAGAAACAAGUUACACGAAUAUUGCAAAAGAAAUUGGUGUUAAUUGUAGUGACAUUUUGUUUCUCACUGAUGUAAUCGAAGAGGCCGAAGCGGCUGUCAAAGCCGGUUGUAAUGCUGCUAUUCUAAUUAGACCAGGUAAUCUACCUCAAGAUCCUGAAAAGCUAUUAAAAUUCAGAACUAUGAAGACAUUAGAUCCCUUAGUAAAUGAUGAAUAAGUGAAAACAAUUUUUUUAUUGAAUAACUUGUUAAAUAACAGGUUUUAAAACAUUAAUUAAUUUUAAUGUAUGCAUAAACAAAGAUUUUAAUAUAAAUUCAAAACAAAUUAUGAUUUUUUAUGUA